AUGGCUAGAGAAAUCAAGGACAUCAAGGAAUUCGUCGAGUUGGCGAGAAGAGCCGACGUCAAGUCGGCCGUGGUCAAGACCAACAAGAAGAUCAACGCCAAGGGCAAGGCCGUCAAGCAAACCAAGUUCAAGGUCAGAGGGCUGAAGCACCUCUACACCUUGGUGUUGAACGACACCGCCAAGGCGAAGAAGUUGCAACAAUCGUUGCCUCCUACCUUGGAAAUCAAGAACUUGUAA